AUGGCUGCAGGUCCUCCUCUUCAUCUACCUCACCACCAUGCUGGGCAACCUUGGGCUGAUGGCUCUUAUUUGGAAGGAUGCCCACCUUCACACACCCAUGUACUUGUUCCUUGUGUAACUACAGAAUGUUUCCUCCUGGUAGCAAUGGCCUAUGACUGCUAUGUAGCCAUACGUAACCCCUUGUUUUAUCUAGUGGUGAUGUCCAACAGACUCUGCACUCAUUUAAAAAGUAUUUCAUAUGCAAUUGGUUUUCUGCAUCCCCUGAUUCAUGUGAGUUUAUUAUUAAGAUUAACUUUCUGUGGGUCUAAGAUAAUACAUUAUUUCUAUUGUGAAAUUUUACAACUGUUCAAAAUUUCAUGCAAUGACCCACCCGUUAAGAAACAAAAGUCUGAAAAGGGCAGAAGCAAAGCCUUCCCCAUGUGCAGUGCCCAUAUGCUCUCUGUCUCAUUGUACUAUCGCACGCUCAUCUUCAUGUAUGUGGGCCCUGCGUCGGGCCUAGCUGAAGAUCAGGACAAAAUGUAUUCCCUAUUUUAUAUGAUUAUAAUUCCCCUGCUAAACCCAUUUAUUUACAGCUUGAGAAAUAAAGACGUUAUAGGUGCCUUGAGAAGAAUUUCAGAGAAGUAA